AUGUCUACUUGUGUCCAAAUGUCAAUCUCUCUCAAGUUCCUUCUUUGCUCAUCUCUUGCUCUCUUGCUUCUUCUUCAAACAGGGUUUGGAGAAAAAUGUGACAGCAAAAGCAGUGAACCAACGGUGAGACAGACGCAGGUGAAGUUGGGAGAAGGAAAGAAGUUCAGAGUUGAAGUGAUGAACAAAUGUCCAAUGUGUCCUAUCAUCAACCUUCGUCUGAAAUGUCAAGGGUUUCCUCAGUCGCUUGUGGACCCUAAACUCCUCCGUGUUCUCUCCACUUCCGCCGGAAACUGUGUGGUUAACGACGGCUUGCCGUUGAGUCCAAUGGAGACUCUCUCUUUCAACUACUCCAACUCAUACCAGUUUGCUCUGCGUCCUCUUUCUUGGUCUUUUCAAUGCGAGUGAAUCAUCAAUAAAAUAUUUAAAAAUCAAUACAAG